CGAGGCGGUGGAUACGACUCAUCAUGAAAGCAUCGGACUCCACGGUGCAGCUAUGGAGUGCCACAUCCUCGCCGUCGACCAGCACCGAGAACCUUUACGUGGGAACGCACAGUCAAUUGCCAUCAGCCGGUCAGGUAGCGUUAGGCACUCUCGGCAAGAGCAGUGGCAGGAACUUCCAUCAGCAGCAGCAGCGAUAUCCAGCAGCACAGAAUUGGGCCCGAAGUGGAAGGUCAGAUCCGGCCACCGGAGGACCGCCACCUGCACGUCAGCAGUCCAAGGCAGCACACGAUCAGCAUCGGCUGCUGCCAGCAAACGGUUUUGGACCGCCCGAUCACACAGCGGCAGGCGUGGGUGGUGCUGGCCAGCAGCUAAUAAACGAAAACAUUACACUAACCCUUGCCUCAGCUGAUGGAAUGAUGAAGGGGGUCGGAUCGGGCGAAACGGUGACCGACGGUGGUGGUGGGGGCCUGCGAGUCAGCAGGUUGGACGCCGGGUCAGCCACCGACCACCACCAUCAUCCCAGUGCCAUGCAGUCGUCCUGCACCGUGUACGGUUUAAGUAGUGUAAAUAGAAUUAACGGCGGAAGUAGUAGCGGCGGUCCCACGCUGAACGGCAACGGUAGCAAUCGCAGUAGCCGGCUCACCAGCAGUAGUUACAGCAAUGGGGGCCUCACCAGCUUCAACGGUGGCGGCGGCGGUGGAAGCAUCAGCAGCAGUUGCGGUGGCAGCUGGGUACCCUGCCUCCCGGUGCUCUCCCGGUGCUAUAUCGGCAAAAUACGCGUCUGCGUUGCGGCGCUGUUUAUCGUGACGGUGUUGACCGUGCUGUCCUUCGCCUACUACAUGGAUAGCUCACCAAUCACUAGUCUUAUGCAUCGUGAUUCUCGGCCGCCGGCGCCACAGAUCCACUGCCGGAUGCUCAGCGGAAAAACCGCAAUCGACGGAGGGCUAGCGCCGGACCACCGGUCCGAGGCACGGCUCCGCAUCGACCCGAAGGUGCUGGUAUUCGUCGAGACGACCUACACGCAGCUGGGCAAAAGCAUCACCGAGCUGCUCGUGCACAAUCGCAUCAAGUACAAAGUGGAAGUGGCUGGCAAGAGCCUUCCAGUGCUGACGAACCAGGACAAGGGCCGGUACGGUGUGAUCGUGUUCGAAAACCUGGACAAGUAUCUGAACAUGGACAACUGGAACCGGCAGCUGCUGGACAAGUACUGCCGGGACUACUCGGUCGGCAUCAUUGGGUUCGUGAGUCCGAGCGAGGAGACGCUGGUCGGGGCGCAGCUGCGCGGAUUCCCGCUGUACGUGCACACGAACCUACGGCUGCGGGACGCCAGCCUCAACCCGGGUUCGCCCGUGCUGCGGCUGACCCGUGCCGGCGAUACGGCCUGGGGUCCGCUGCCCGGCAACGAUUGGGCCAUCUUCCAGCACAACCACAGCGGAUACGAACCGCUCGAGUGGGCCCAGAAGAACGUGUUGGACUACCCGACCGAUGGGGUCGCGCAGCCACCGCUGGCGACCGUCCUACAGGAUCACGGCCAGCUCGACGGCAUCCAGCGGAUACUGUUCGGCUCGGGGUUAAAGUUCUGGUUGCAUCGGUUGCUGUUCCUCGACUCGCUGUCUUACCUUAGCCACGGGCAGCUCAGUUUGAACCUGGAACGGCGCAUCCUGCUCGAUAUCGACGACAUAUUUGUGGGUGAGAAAGGCACCCGGCUUAAACCGGACGAUGUGCACGCGCUCAUUGCAACGCAGAACCGCAUCGGUGAGAUGGUGCCCGGGUUUCGGUUCAACCUGGGCUUCUCCGGCAAGUACUUCCACCAUGGCACGCACGAGGAAAAUCUCGGAGAUGACAUGCUGCUUCGCAAUGUGGGACAGUUCAAUUGGUUUUCCCACAUGUGGAACCAUCAGCAGCCACACCUGUACGACAACGUAACGCAGCUGAUGAACGAUAUGAUGCUGAACAAGGACUUUGCCAAGGAGCACGGCAUCCCGACCGAUUCGGGGUAUUCGGUGUCGCCACACCACUCGGGUGUCUAUCCAGCGCACGAGGUUCUCUAUACCGCGUGGAAGAAGGUGUGGAACAUCAAGGUUACCUCAACCGAAGAGUAUCCACAUCUACGACCGGCCCGGCUACGCCGAGGGUUCAUCCAUCGGAACAUUAUGGUGCUGCCACGGCAGACCUGCGGUCUGUUUACGCACACGAUCUGCAUCGACAGUUAUCCGGGCGGUCGGGACAAGCUGGACGAGUCGAUCAGGGGUGGCGAACUGUUCCAGACGAUCGUGUACAACCCGAUCAACAUCUUCAUGACACACAUGUCCAACUACGGCAACGAUCGGCUCGCAUUGUACACGUUCGAGUCGGUGAUCAAGUUCCUUCGCUGCUGGACCAACCUGAACCUCACCUCCGUUCCGCCCCUCAAACUCGGCGAGCUGUACUUCCGACUGCACCCGGAGGAGCGUGAUCCGAUCUGGGGCAACCCAGCGGACGAUCCACGGCACGCAAAGAUUUGGGCUGGCAAUAAGCGGCGCACUACGCUCCCGAAACUGCUCGGCCUUGGCCCACAGAAGACGGGCUCGACGGCGUUCUACACGUUUCUUAGCAUGCACCCGGCCGUGGCCAGCAACCUACCGAACUCGGACACGUUCGAGGAGAUACAGUUCUUCAACGGGAACAACUACUACCGGGGGCUCGAUUGGUACUUGAACUUUUUCCCCCUCCAACCGAACGACACCGACGAUAAGUUUAUGUUCGAAAAGUCGGCCACCUACUUCGACGGUGAGCUGGUGCCGAGGCGCGCCCACGCCCUGCUUCCGAAGGCGCAGCUGGUCACCAUACUGAUCUCGCCGGCGAAGCGAGCCUACUCCUGGUACCAGCACAUAAAGGCGCACGGUGAUCCGAUCGCAAACAACUAUAGCUUUUAUCAGGUUAUCACUGCCUCCGAGGGGGAACCGAAAGCCCUACGCGAUUUGCGCAAUCGAUGUCUCAACCCGGGCAAGUACGCACAGCACCUCGAGCGCUGGCUAGCGUGCUACCCCCAACAGCAGCUGUACAUCAUCGACGGCGAGCAGCUCAAGUCGAACCCGGUUACCGUGAUGAUGGACCUGCAGCGCUUCCUAAAACUGCCCCUGUUCGACUACAGCCAGCACCUACGAUUCGACAAUAAGAAAGGUUUCUACUGCCAGGUGGUGUCGGAGAACCGGAACAAAUGUCUCGGCAAAUCUAAAGGCCGCCAGUAUCCACCGAUGGACGACCGGAGUGCUAAAAUGCUGCAAAAGUAUUAUCGCAUUCACAACCAAGCGCUGGUGAAACUGUUGAAAAAGCUCGGUUCGCGACCCAUUCCCCAGUGGCUGAAGGAGGACCUUUCGGUGACAUCUUAACGAACGAUUCGAUGCCGACGGGAGUCGUAGAGGAAAGUGAACAUUGGACUGUACUAGUGGCCACAUUGCCGAUGGGAAUGGUCCGGUGUGUAAAGUAACAAAAGGGAAAGGAAAUGCGUGAUAGAUGCGGGUAACCGGUGGUUAAACAUAGCAUCCAUUAGCGGAAGGGAUAUGAUACUGUAAAGCUUGUAAAAAAAACACUGUGCGUAACGUUUCAAACAGGUACUACUGUAGGCAAGUUUAAGUUAAGCGCAAUCGCCCCGAUUAGUCAAAGCCGAAUCAUUAGUAGGAUUCGCAGUGAAAUAUGGUUUUAUAGUAUUGACGAUCGAUGCCUUUUCGAGCGUUAGUUUUGUUUUUCGGUUAAAUGACUGAUCAACCUGCCAAACCGCUCGUUUUACACAAACCAUAAAAUAUUAGUCCUGACGAUUCUUUGUCGCGUGAAUGAAGAAAAUUAGCUUUAGCUACAGAAAUAACGCAUACUGACGGGUAAAUAGCUCAACAGAAUAAUUUUAGUUUACAAGCCACUUACAAGCGUGUGUAAUAUGUUUUAAAGCACACUGUCGACCAUUCAUAUUGUUUGAACCAAGUGCUUUACCUACAGCUCACACACUAAAAGCAAUCAAAGCAACCGGUACGGUGUCCUGGAUCGAUGUCCUGGAAAAGCUUCGAAUGAAAAAGCUUCUUCAAGUUCAUACAAGCUUCGUAAAUGCGUCAGCGAGACCGGAAGCUUUGGCUUGCUCCUUAGCCAUAAUUUGUAGCGGUAGGAUUUUAUAUUAUUUGUUAAACUCCACUCGUUAGUAUCACGGUUCAAUGAACUUAUUACUAACAUUAAACCAAUCAAAUGGCCACUAUUUGUUUAACAAAAGUUUAGUUUAAACGAUAGUUCGUUGAGGGGCAGCUUUGACCCGUCAUGCAUUACUGUUAAGGCGAAUGCAUCGGAAUGCGAGCAAAGCGUUAGUACUUAGCGUGUCACGAUAAAACGCCUCGUUCCAUUGAUUUGUUUCACCCACAUCUAAGAUACUUAACAGCUCUUGAACAGUGUUGGUCAAUAAAUAGAAAUAAUGCUAGCGGCGCAGAUAUGUCCAGUACGAACAACUACCUUCUUCACAAAGAAUGAAAAUAUAAUGCUUUAGGGAAGAAAGAGAAAAAAAUUCCCCAAUAAAACAAAAAAAAACUAAGAUAUCAAUUAUAAAUGCUUCAGGAUUUAUGUGAGAGGGUGAACUUUAAGAGAGAAGAAAUAUACCAAAAAAAAGAUUCAACAAAUCAGGACCUCGUCAGUCUGGAAAACCUAAAGCAAAUAAUCAACAUAUCGAAAUUCCCA